GGAAGCGGGGGAAGUUCGCGAAGGUUUCUUCCCCAUUGUCCAGGGACCCAUACCCAAAUGGAGACCCAGGCCGCGGACCAGGCACCACCUCACAGUCCUUCUAGAGCACAACUACAGCAAAAUUCCACACUGCAAUCCAGAACUCCAGCAAGCAACGCAGGCACCAGCUCCUCCUCCUCCUCCGCGGUAUCGGCAUUAGAGAAAAUCAACAGAAUAAAACCCAGCCCCCCCGGUAUGGCUGUAAAUCAGGUUUCAGGCUCCCCGUGCGCUGGUAGCAGUGACAAACAAGGGAAAGCACCUUCUGCUCCAGCAGGUCCGAGCCAGGCCUGUGGGGCAUCAGCUGGCAGGGAUGGAACAGUCUGCGUCACGGUGUCGGCAGCAGAUACCAACACAAAUGUAACUAAGGUAGCACCUACAGCCUUAGGAGGGACCAGCUUAGAUGUUUCGAAAAGCAAAUCUCCUUCCCUUCUGGUGUCUUCGCUAACAUCCACGAGCUCGGAAGCCCAGGCUGGAGGUGCGAUCACAUCUGCUGCAUCUGUCCCACCCUCUCACGCUUCGUCAGUAGCGCCUAGCCUUAAAACUCCUGCAAGUUCAAGCUCAAGUGGGGCCCUCCCAAAACCAAGCUCCAGUAUUCCUGCCAACAACCCUUUAGUCACCCAACUUCUUCAAGGCAAGACCGUCCCUCUGGAGCAAAUCUUGCCGAAGCCUCUCACCAAAGCAGAGAUGAGAACUGUCCCUUUAGCAUCUCAUGAAGAACAAGGGGCAGCAGCAGCAUCCGGGGCAGCAGGGAGCGGCACUGGAGCCGAGGGUGGUGAAAGACAAUCGAGUUUACCCACACAACAGCUCGGGAAGAUCUUUUGCCAGAACAGGCCUCUGCCUCACAUUCCAAGGACCUUUCCGCUCCCCUCGGGAAAGGACUCCAGUCUUGACCAGCACCAGUGCCACGAGGCGCUCAGCAAAACCACCCAAGAGCAGAUCCUUCAGACUCUCAUCAAGAGGGUCCAGAGGCAGAAUUUGUUGCCAGUCCUUCAGCCUUCACAACUGAACCUCGCUCACUCAGGUUUCCAGUUAGAAAACAGCUCCACCAGCCAGAGAUUUAUGCUGGGUUUCAUGGGCAGAAGGACAUCGAAGCCUGCUAUGUCUGGUCAUUAUCUGCUCAACAUUUCCACCUAUGGUCGUGGUUCAGAGAGUUUGAGGAGAGGCUUCUCCUUGAACCCUGAAAACCGCUUGUGUCUGAACAGUCCUGCUGAUGCUCCAAAACCAGAAUUUGGGGAAUGUGAGGGGAUAGCUGGCCACGGCGGCAGCAGCAGCGAUGAAGGAGAUGCAGAUGAUGAGAGUACUGGUGACGAACGUGAGCAUAUCAGUGUGAAAGAGGAGCCCCAGGCUGCCCAGGUUUCUGGCCAGUGUGAAAAAGAACAGGUACCGCACAGCAUAAAUUCUUUGGAUUACAGCAGCCUUGCUAAAAAGGGUGUAAAGACAGAAGCAGCCACGUCUCAGCAAGCGGCGGUCAACAAGGAGAACGUUCAGGCGUUUGACGGAACUACGUUAGCACGAGAUUUUAUUCAAGCCGCUCAAGAGCAAAUGGCACACGCGAUGAGGGGGAAAAUGCACAGCAAUCCAGAGCUUUUCAGUACUUCUGUGCCGUCCUCGGACUCUGCGCAGCAGCAGCCUCCGCUGCUUUCUCCUUCGCACCCUCCCAAGCUGUCGGGAAACGCUGCGGCACAGCUCAUUGGGCCCAGUUACAGUGGCACAAUAAACGUCUCCACCUCCCCGGACGUGAACCAAGGGUCUCUUAUGACCGGGCUGUCUGAAUGCAAUCAGUUGUCUAGUAGCAUGGGGAACGUCAUGUCCUUUUCUGUGACUGUAACCACCAUUCCCACCAGCCAAGCUAUGAACUCUGGCAACCACGCUCAGACCAUCCCCGUUCAAGCCUUCGCUGAAGACAACAGCAUGGAGGAUUCCCCUUCCAAAUGUUACUGCAGGUUGAAAGCCAUGAUCAUGUGCAAGGGCUGCGGUGCCUUCUGCCAUGACGAUUGCAUUGGCCCCUCUAAGCUCUGUGUCUCCUGCCUCGUCGUGCGGUAACCGGGACAGGAAGUGGGGAGGAGGAUGGCUUGAUUUUGGGUUUUGCUUUCGGAAGUACCUUGGGAAGAAACAGGAAAUUUACUGCCUUGCACAAGAGACACGUUACUGAAUCAGGAAUACAGAGUAGAGUUCUUCUUU